AUGGAAAGAGUAUUUGAGCAACUAGAGUGUUCAAACGCUGCCAAAUUUAAGUAUGUUGUCUCACUGUUACAAAAAAAUGCCGAUGACUGGUGGGUAAGUGUACUGAAUGCCAAGGCAAACCCUUCUGUUCUUACUAGAAAUGAUUUUGUGAAUGAAUUUCAUAUGAAAUAUGUCCCACCUACUUAUCCUGAUGCAAAGAAAAAGGAGUUUCUGAAUUUAGAACAAGGGGGUAUGUCUAUUGUUGAAUAUCAACAGAAGUUUCUCAGGCUUUCUCGUUAUGCUAGUGGUAUUAUUAAUAACGAAAAAUAUAAGUGCAGGCGAUCCGAAGACCGUUUGAAUAAUUCCAUCAGAAAAUCUGUGGAGGUCCUACAACAUGAGAACUUUUGUAAAUUAGUUUCAGCUGCUCUUACUUGGGAAAGGAUCGACAAGGAACAAGCUAGUAUAAAUGAAAACAAGUUCAGAAAACCUGAUGUAGAUUUAGGAGGUCCAUCUAAAAGGGGGAGGUUUGACAAUUGCGAAGCUGGUAGUGUUCACAAGUCAGACCGGCUUAAGCAAAAUAAAUCAAAUUUCUCUACUGCUAGCACUCCAAGCUACAGCCAAGGCAAGACUCAUAUACCUACUUGUGCACAAUGUGGAAAGAAUCACUCUGGUACUUGUAGGAGAGCUUCUGGUGCUUGUUUUAAUUGUGGGAGCUUCGAUCAUAAAGUGAAGGAUUGUCCUAAUCCUAACCCUAUUUCUUCUCCGCGUACGGAAGGCUCAGUUCAGAAACCUAUUGCCAUUCCUUCUCAAGGGAAUAGAGGUGCAAGAUCUAGAAACAUGCAAGCAACAAGUGCAGGUGGACCUAAUCAAGCUAGUGGGUCGAGAGCUACAUGCUAA